GAACAAAAGAUAUUUUUUUGAAGUAAUAUAUAAAAUCAGUCAAAGAUUUUAAAUCAUCAUUACAUAACAUGAUGAAACCCUAGCCUCGGAUCUCCCCUUUCCUCUCCAAAAUCGAUCUCCAACUGAAUUUCAGCUCGAAUUCUGACCGAUCUUCUGCAAUCAAGCUCGAAGAGAGAUGACGAUUCUGUACACGCUUGUUGCGAGGGGAUCUGUAGUGCUAGCGGAAUUCAGCGGCACUCCGACGAAUGCCAGCACGAUUGCCAGGCAAAUUCUGGAGAAAAUCCCCGGAAAUAAUGAUAUGAAUGUCUCUUAUUCUCAAGAUCGGCAUAUAUUUCAUGUCAAACGAACUGAUGGUCUCACUGUUCUCUGUAUGGCUGAUGAUGUUGCAGGAAGGAGAAUUCCUUUUGCUUUUCUUGAAGACAUUCAUCAGAGAUUUGUAAGGACUUAUGGUCGAGCAGUUCUAUCAGCCCAGGCUUAUGGCAUGAAUGAUGAGUUUUCAAGGGUUUUGAGCCAACAAAUGGAGUACUACUCAAAUGAUCCUAAUGCAGAUAGGAUUAACCGUUUGAAAAGUGAAAUGGGUCAGGUACGAACUGUGAUGAUUGAGAAUAUAGACAAAGUUUUAGACCGGGGUGAUCGCUUGGAAUUGCUUGUAGAUAAAACAGCCACUAUGCAAACUAAUACAUUGCGUUUCAGAAAGCAGACUCGUCGAUUCAGGAGUACAGUUUGGUGGAGAAAUGUCAAGCUCACGAUUGCACUCAUAUUGCUUAUCCUGAUAAUUGCAUACGUUGUACUGGCAUUCGUAUGCCACGGACCUACACUUCCUACUUGUAUUUAAGGAUAAAAAUAGAGACUCGGGUUGCUUUUGGGAACUCAGUUCUUGAUUUGGAAUCGAGAUUAGAUUAAAUAUUAAGCUUCCGCUUGAAGUUAAUCUGCCCCGAUUUUUCAAUUCCAUUUGCAAAUCUCGGUAAUUGCUCAUUACUUGUGCAGAAUUGUUAUCUUUCGUGCGAAGUUCAGUUAAGCAUCAUUGUGAAACUCGUUGCGUAUGUGUAUCAUUAAUUGUUAUUGUAACUAUCUAUGCCGAUCAGUUUGGAGGUCAUGGGAUUAAGUUUUUAUUAAACGUUUGUCAGUUUCUAUUUUUAUGUGUAAGAACAAAACUAUAUUGCAUUUGUGUGUUAUAAGAAGGUUUUGUUUGGUUUGA